UAAACUUGUAGCGGAGACUGUUGUCAAAAGGCAGGACGGGGCUGACGCUACAGCAAUCGUGGGACGCGUUUGACGAUUCAAUUCAGCUCCACAUCAGGUCUUUUUUUAAGUAUUUAGAUUAUUUAAAGUGUUAAAUGAUUGUUAUUGAAUCAAAUGUUUGAGUAACGUUCGCUUUUAAAGGGGUUAAGGUUAGUUUUGUACGUGUUUGGGUGAAAGCUAGCUUCCAGGACUAAACCUAACAUCGGUUGAGCAAGAAUCGACACUUGGACCGCUGAACAGUUUUAAUCAAUCAUUUAAAAAACGCCGAAGAAAACGUUAGUCCAAAAUGAGUGCGGGAAACCCGAAGCCGGCGAAUCCGUCGGCAUAUGUCGACCCAAAAUCAGCUCCUCUCAAAGAAAUCCCCGAUAUUCUGGUGGACACACGCACCAUGAGGAAAUACGCGAGGGGACGAUUCCUCGGAAAAGGUGGUUUCGCCAAGUGCUAUGAAAUCACAGACAUGGAGACGAAGCAGGUUUUCGCCGGAAAAAUCGUGCCAAAGUCGCUGAUCCUGAAGCAGCACCAGAGGGAGAAGAUGACAUCGGAAAUUGCCAUCCACAAAAGCCUCGACCACUCGAACGUCGUCGGCUUCCACGGUUUCUUCGAAGACGACGACUUCGUUUUUGUUGUCCUGGAAAUCUGCAGGAGAAGGUCCCUGUUGGAGCUGCACAAGCGUCGUAAGGCUGUGACGGAGCCAGAGGCUCGCUACUACAUGACACAGGUGCUGAAGGGCGUCCAGUACCUGCACAGCAACAGGGUGAUCCACAGAGACUUGAAACUGGGCAACAUCUUCCUCAAUGAUGACAUGGAGGCCAAGAUUGGUGACUUUGGCCUGGCCGCUAAGAUCGAGUUUGACGGCGAGAGGAAGAAGACCCUGUGUGGAACGCCCAACUACAUCGCACCAGAAGUGCUUUGUAAGAAAGGCCACAGCUAUGAAGUGGAUGUCUGGUCACUGGGAUGUAUAUUGUACACUUUGCUGGUGGGGAAGCCUCCAUUUGAGACGUCCUGUCUGAAGGAGACCUACAACCGCAUCAAGAAAAACAAUUACACAAUCCCAUGGCACAUCAACCCAGUUGCGUCUACUCUCAUCAAGCGGAUGCUGCACGCCGAUCCUUCCCAGAGGCCAACUGUCGCUGAGGUGCAGGCCGACGAGUUCUUCACAUCGGGCUACAUUCCCCUGCGCCUGCCCACCACUUGCCUCACUGUUCCCCCACGAUUUUCCAUCGCCCCGUCUACAGCGAUGGAGCUCAGCCAGAGACGCCCCCUGACCGCUAUUAACAACAAAGCAGGGACAGAGAAGGUGGAAGCUAAGGAUGAAGCUGUGCAAAGGGAGCCUGAGCCUUCAGAAUGCCACCUGAAAGACAUGCUGCAGCAGCUCAACACUAUCAUUGCUGCGAAACCUUCUGAAAGGCCACUCGUGCGACAAGAAGAGGCAGAAGACCCCGCAUGUAUCCCCAUCUUCUGGAUCAGCAAAUGGGUCGACUACUCGGACAAGUAUGGAUUAGGCUAUCAGCUCUGUGACAACAGCGUGGGCGUGCUGUUCAAUGACUACACACGUUUGAUCAUGUACACCGACGGAGACAGUCUGCAGUACAUCGACAAGACAGCGGCCGAGUCCUACCUGAGCGUGCGCUCCUUCCCCACUGCGCUUAACAAGAAGAUAACGUUGCUGAAAUAUUUCCGCAACUACAUGAGCGAGCACCUGUUGAAGGCCGGGGCCAACAUCGCUCGGCGGGAGGGAGAUGAGCUGGCAAGGCUGCCCUACCUCUCACUGUGGUUCAGGACAAAGAGCGCCAUCGUCCUGCAUCUCACAAACGGCACAGUGCAGAUCAACUUUUUCCAGGACCACACCAAGCUGAUCCUGUGUCCGCUGAUGGGCGCGGUGACCUACAUCGACGAGAAAAGAGAGUUCCGCACCUACAAGCUGUCUCUGCUGGAGGAGUUCGGCUGCAGUAAGGAGCUGGCGAGUCGCAUUCGCUACGCCAAGCUGAUGGUGGAGAAACUGCUGGACAGCAAACCCACUGCCGCCGCACAUUAGAACACGCGUUUGUCCCUCCCCAACUUUCAAUCACGUGUCUGUCUUAAAUCACUGGCCACCUCCUCCUGCCUCUUGGCGAACAGGGCUGACUCCUGUGUUUUAUUAAUGGCUGCAAUGUAAAGGGUUUUUAUUCAUGUUUGAGGCUUUGACCUGUCCUAAGACAUUAAACCUCCUGUGUUGUAAAUACAUGUUGACUUUCAGUCUGUCAGCCAGUGGUUAGCCUUCUCUUCUGCUCUUGAUAGAAACUCACUCACUCUUGUCAUCUUAACUUUCCUGGUGAAGCUUACUCUUGACAAACGCGGUCUGCUGCUGAUGUAAUCUAAGAUGGCAGGAUCGCACGGGAUCACUCGCAGCACAGCUCAUGAUAUGUGGAUAGAGAAAGCUUCUCUGGUCUGUCUGUCUUUUUUUUUUAUCUGUGUUUUAUGAAGAGAAAUGGACCCUGUCAUGUCUUCAUCAUGUACAUUCUCCCUGUGUAGUUUUACUCUUGUUUUUGUCUAUUUUAGAGGUCUCUUUCAACAAGUUGUACAAACCUGUACAUACUGCUGGAUAUGCAUACAUGUUGUAAAGAUGGUUUUAAAAAAUGUUCUUUCCCAAAUUUAAAUAAAGAUUCUUUUGAGUAA